AUGGAGAACAAUAACCUACUUGAGAGUCUGCUCGACCUGGAGGAAGAAUUCUACCAAGAAGGCUACGAUCUGGGUGCAGCGGAUGGUGCACAAGCCGGGUAUACAGAGGGUAGUGUGUUUGCGGUCGAGAAAGGAUUCGAGAAGUUCCUCGAACUGGGAAGACUAUAUGGCAAAGCCCUGGUCUGGUCUCAACGGCUUGCAGAUUCGCAGCUGUCGGGAAACCCCGAGUCCAAUGGGCAGAUCAACGGAGCCCUGGAGAGUGAUCACAAACAGGAAGAACCUUCCUUGUUGGAUCCCGCCAUUUGCAAGGAAAUGUCGAGCCUGUCAUCUAGCUCCAGGCUAGCCAAGAACAUUGAGAUCCUGCUGGAACUGGUAGACCCCGCUUCCCUGCCUAUGGUGAACACGGAGGAAGCGGUGAAUGAUGUAGAUGAGCGCAUGAAAGGCGCUGCUGUUAAAGCCAAGUUGAUCCAGCGUGCCGUGGGCGAGAGGGAAGACAACUCGGAUAUACAUCCCGAUGCCAAAGAUCUCCCCGUGUCUGGCGAUGGCACUGGCAGCAUUGAAGACAUUAGUUCCCUGAACAUCCGGCAUUAG